CGUGCCUUUGGAAGUGUGUUAAGAAUAGACCCACAAUGGGGCUCACUCCCGUCUUCUGUUUUCUGAGGACAGACAGUUGUUUGCAGGGGACAGAGGAAGAGGUAAAACAGAGUAUUUACAAGGGCCUCUUAGAGCCUUGGGUGACUCAAAUGGAUCACGUUGGAUUUUUCCUACCGGAACCUGGCACAUAUUCCAUCUAGAAGAAAUAGAGAGUGUAAGACUGCUGAGGGAAUGUUGUGUCCGUUAACUUGGAGGUUAUUGUGCCCUUUGGGUAGAGGAGAAGUGGCUGCAUAGAGGGAUAGGUGCUGGCUUAAGGGUUCACCAUUUGUGUUCAAUUCCCUUGGCGCCUGGAACUGGACGACUUUUUUUAUGUAUUUUGGAGGGCCGUGAGUACAGCAAGCAUGGCGGGAUCAAGUGCGUCUGAGGUCAUCUUCAUCGCUGUCAGUCACAACAUCACGUUGAUGGGAAAGAUGUGGCUCAUCGUGAUGAUUUUCCUACGGGUCCUGAUGCUCCUCUUUGCUGGUUAUCCUCUCUAUCUGGAUGAGCAGGAGCGCUUUGUGUGUAACACCAUCCAGCCCGGCUGCGCCAACGUGUGCUACGAUCUGUUUUCUCCCAUCUCUCUCUUCCGCUUCUGGCUGGUCCAGCUCAUUAUCUUGUGUCUCCCGUCCAUCAUCUUUAUCAUUUAUGUGGUCCAUAAGGUCUCAAAUGACCUUACCGUGGAUUUGAACUCCUCGGGUCACAACAAAGCCUUGCCGUUGUUUAAGAUCCACCAGGAGCCCUUCAGCAUGGCAUCUGUAACCAAGAUGCCUCUAGUGACUGAGCGAGGAUGGGCCCGGUGCUUCACAGGAGCCUACAUCCUCCAUCUGAUGUUCAGAACACUGCUGGAGGCAGGGUUUGGGGCAGCUCACUAUUAUCUGUUUGGUUUGUACAUCCCCAGAAGGUUCCUGUGCCAGCAACCUCCGUGCACUACCCAGGUGGACUGCUAUAUCUCCAGGCCCACCGAGAAGACCGUGAUGCUCAACUUCAUGCUCGGUGUGGCUGCUCUUUCCCUUUUCCUAAAUGUAUUGGAUUUCAUCUGCGCCAUCAAGCGAUCGGUUAGGCAGAAGAUCAAGAAGAAGGUGAUGUUGGAGAAGAUUUAUGAGGAAGAGCAGUGUUUCCUUUCAGACAGAGGAGCCUCCAAAGGAAUAGACCCAAAUUCCUCCAUGGCUCAGCCGGAUCUAGAGGCAGAGGCUUGUCACACAGGGAGUUUCCGGAAGAGGCAAGGCAGCAAAGGCUUUGGCGGAGGGGGUGUGCUGGCUUUAGGUCAGGAACCACCUUGCCUGGAGCACUCCUCUCUUCCACGCUCUCCAGGACCUCCUGGCUGCAACACUAACGGGAACAAUGGCUACUCUUUUUCCCAAGAGGAAGCUGCGGAAAGGACUGGCAGCAAAGUGUCUCUCUGCCCCCCAGAGCCAAUGGGUACACCCAGAUCCAUUCGUGUGAGCAAACGCAGUCGACUCAAACCGCCACCUCCACCUAGACGGGAACUUGGUUCUUCCCCCGUGGAACCAGCGGGGCCCAUCAGGGACGUUUCCUCAACAACAACAACAAACUGUACCAGAAGGGUGGGUCAGUAUACGCUGGUUGAGCUGGGUAGCGGGGCAGAGUUACAGACCAAUGAUGACGGGCAAGAGAAAAGAUCAGAGUGGGUGUAAGGGUUG